CACACUGAGUCCAAGGAGAGAAUAUCCCACAGGCAGAAGCAACAGAUCCCCCAACACAGCGCCCCCCAGAGGUACACCACGAUCUCAGAGCAGUGGAGAGUGGAGCAGCAGUGAUGUGGACAACGAACAGAGAUACAGAAGAGGGGGGGGCAGUUAUGAAGAGAGGGAGGUGGGGGGGGAGGGCAUCACCGCUGAUAGGAGACACGGGGGGCAAAAAAGAAGUGAGGAGAGAGAGAGGGAGAGGGGGAGAGAGAGGGAGAGAGAGGGAGACAAAGUGACAGGCUGCAGACCAGAGCACAGGAGGAUGUGGUUAGAACCACAGCGGGGGGGUAAGAGAGGGGGGGAGGCGAGUGUGGUGUCACAGGCAGAGUGGGUGAGAGAGGUGCGACCAGAGAAAGAGGAACCAGAGGAGAGACACUGGGGCAGUUACAGCAGGAGAGGGGCAGAAAGUCAUGAUGCAGAGGGGGUGAGUGUGGAUGAGGACGGAGGCUGGGGGGGGGAGUCAGAGGGAGAAAACUCUAGCCAGGGGAGUGACAGUGGGGGAGGAGGAGGGGGAGGUGAGGGAGGGGAUCAUUUCACUUGGUCCAAGACAGGAAGAGGAAGUGAACCAGGGAGGAAGGAGGUGAGGGACAGCAUGGUGUCAGUGGAGGACGGCUUUGUCACUGUGUCCAGCGGUGGAGACGAGGGGGAGGAGGAGGAAGAGGAGGAGGAGGAGGAGGACAGAGAUGAGGAGUUCCAGGACUGCCAGGAGUUCUUGGAUGCUGGAGGGGAACACCACAAACACCCCGUGGGGGGAGAGGGGGGAGAGCAGCAUCCCCAGUACGUCUUCUGUGUGAUUGGACAGACGUUACCGCGGCCCCCCCACCAUCAAAGGUCACCAGGUGAUGACAUCAGCAGUCAGGACCCAGAGGACACUCCAGAGGACAGAGACAGACUCCAGGACCUGGAGGGAGAAUCCAGGACCAGAGCGGAACAUCCCUACGAAGAGAUCGGGAAUUUUCAGAGAGAUUCCCAAACGGAGAGACUCCUGACGCAGUGGAGGGAGAGAAACACGGGGGGGGGGCUCGCUCCGGACCUUGUCUUAGAUGGAAUCAGCUCUGGAACGAUGAGUCCAGAAGACGUGGAGGCCAUCCACAUCCGUCUGAGUGGAGCCUGGAGCAUGUCGGAGGAGCCCAAACGCCAUUCCCAGGCCCCCCACCUCAAAUGGGCUAAAAAUGUGGUUCAAGAAAUCCUGGGCAACUCGGAAGAAGGAAUCAUAGGUGAAGCCGAUUCAGCGGAACAAAAUCGGCGCACGGCGGAGCCCCCUCAGCUGGAGGUCAAAGGGCAUGACCCAGAACAGAAGGUCAGCGAGGAGACGCGGGACAUUCCUGAUGUGACGGUGACCCCGGAGGAGGUGCGCUUCGAGCCGCAGCCGGAGGAGGACGAGCCGCCGGACGUGGACGAACUGAGAGGUAUGGGCCAGAGCCGGGCCGACACAAGCACACACACUCACUCUGACACACCGUUAGGCGCCGAGCCUCGUGGUCACCGUGGGAUAGAGACGGAGCGAGUAGAGGUGAAGGUGUCAGAAGAGGAGGAGGACGAGGGGACGUUUUUAUCUGUCAGCCGUUCGCUCUACAAACCCCACAGCUGCCCCAGCCUCAAUUUUCAAAAUGAAUCUGACUCCCUCGCCCCCCCCAAAGAGAGGGAGAGCCGGGCAGAGGAGAACGAAAGUGAAGAGGAAGAGGAAGAGCAGGGGCAGGAGGCAGGAGUAGAGGUGGGAGGGCCAGAAGAAACGGACACGUACAGCAGAGGGCCAGAGGAGGCGCCGCAGACACCUUUAGCCACUUUGACCAGUUCCUGCAGCUUCAGAGAUUUGGGUUCUUCGGCUCGGAUGCGGAGGAGGGGAAUCCGUAAAACCACUGAAAGAAGAAACGCAGUGCUUGUAGAGGAAGAAGAGCAGGAAGGUGUCGGCAGGGACCGCAGAACCAGAAUAUUCUCUAAAUCAGACGACGAGGACGAUCGAAGCAAAAGCUGGGGAGAAGUGGAGCUCAGAACUGUUUUGGACUCCAUUGACAGACAGAAACGGAAUUCCGUGUUGUUCUCUGCCAAGCUCUACCAGCUGUACAGCGAGGAGGCGCAGAACUUUGAGAUCCUGCGUCAGUCUCGCUCUGAUGUGCUGUCUGUGUGCGAGGACCACGCCCACUCUCCUGCUCCUUCUCCUCCUCCUGCUCGUAGGCCUCUUCCUCCUCUGCCUCCUGUCCCACAUCCUCACUCGUUGUCGCACACGGGCUCCGUCACCAGCGUCAGAAGUCUGCCCCUCCCCGAGCCUCCCCGGAGCGAAGGCCGGCCCUCCUCCCCACGACUCUCCAUCUCCCUCACACAGUCGGCCUCGCUGUGGCGGGACCUCCCGGGGGUGAGGAACAGCAGUGAACUGCAGGAGCUGAACGAGGAUCAGAGGAGACUGCAGGAGAUAAGGUUUGAAGUUGUGACGUCAGAAGCCUCCUACUGCAGAAGUUUGGACAUCGUUGUUGAACAUUUUGUCAAGUCCAAACAGCUGGGGGCGCUGUUGACCACACAGGAUAGAAACUGGCUCUUUUCCAGACUGGCCGACGUCCGUGCCAUCAGUCACAGUUUUUUGUCCAAACUUGAAGAGCGCAUGGAGUCCAACAUCGUCCACUUCACUGUGUGUGACAUCAUCGCGCGACAGUGUCAGCGCUUCAAAAUGGUGUACGUGCCGUAUCUGACCAACCAGUCCUACCAGGACGCCACUUACCAGAGACUGAUGAACGAGAACCCCGGGUUCAAACAGAUCGUGGAGAAACUGGAAAGGAGUCCGGUUUGUCAGAGACUUCCUCUGCGGUCCUUCCUCGUCCUCCCGUUCCAAAGAAUCACCAGGAUUAAGCUGCUGGUUCAGAACAUAGUGAAGAGAACCACUCCAGGUACUCCUGAGGCCAUGCAGGCGGUCAAGGCUCUGAAACUUCUAGAGAAGUUGAUUCAGGAAAGUAACGACAGCAUUUCUCAGAUGAAAAGUAUCGAGUCCCUGGUUUCCCUCAGUGCCAGAGUGGACUUCGAGUGCAGGACCCUCCCUCUGAUCAGUCAGUCUCGGAGGUUGGUGCGUGAGGGAGCGGUGCUGGAGCUGAUGGAUUUUUCUCUCAAAGACACAGAGAGGAGCGUUUACAUUCACCUGUUUAAUGAUUACCUGCUGCUUUCUAUACAAAAAGAGGGGGGGCGCUUCACCGUCAUCGACCACUCUCCUGUGUCGGAGCUGCGAGCGGAGAACUGUCGGGUCAAACUGCACUCCUUACAGAAGAACCUGUUCCGACUGCACAUGUCCAACAGAGCGCUGCUGCUGAGGACGGACAAACAGAGCGACAAGCUGCGUUGGAUAUCGGCCCUUUCUCGACCCCACCCUGACAUCGACUUUUCUGCUGCUCAAGAUUUUCCACAGAUGCAGUGUAUACGAGCGUUCGUCGGUCAGCAGCCGGAUGAGCUGUCCUUGGAGAAAGCCGACGUCAUUCUGGUGCACCAACAGAGCAGCGACCACUGGGUCGAGGGGACGAGGCUGUCGGACCGCCACCGUGGAUGGGUGCCAGAGUCCCAUUUAGAAAUCAUAAACAAUUCCAGAGUCCGUCAGCGCAAUUUGUCGGACGCUCUCAAACUCACCACUGCCAGAGCUGCUGUCUGAGGCGGAGAGUGGGCGUCGACUCACCGAGGGUCCGGAUGGUUCUGCUGCUGGAAGAAAAGACAGGAGUGAACUUUGCUAAGAGGCUAAGAGGUGUAGCAUGUUAGCGUUAGCUGCUGAUUGGUCAACUGCUGUGGUCUGCCUCAAAGACUGCUGAUUGGUCAACAGUGACCAGAGGGUUUUACACAGGGGUGGGUUUGAAUUGUCAACUGUAUCACUGUGAACUCUGAGCGCCAUCUGUGGAGGAGGUCAAAGUUCACGUGUUGUCCUGACCGCUGCUGUUUGAACUGUUAGUAAUUAAUCAUUUAAAAGAGUUUAAAGACAAACAGAGACAGUGAGGACAAUAAACAGUCACUGGGGAUGAA